GCUAUAAAUUCUCAAGGCUGUUAUUCUUCGAUGGACUCUUUCUACCUUGAUUCAGAAUAGAUUGCUUUCCAUGGACUUCACCAUCACUACUAUGCUCUUCUUGAUCCUCUUCAGCUGCCUUGCCCAUGCAGAAGACAAGAACUAUAACUCUAUCCUCACAGUGCCAAAUGGAGGACCAUGGGGCACUUGGGGGGCGAUCCAAUUUUGUCCAUGGGGAUAUGCUCAUGGCUUCUCACUGAAGGUAGAGCCAGGUCAAGGUCGUGGUGAUGACACAGCCCUCAACGGAAUCCGCCUGCACUGCACGGAUGGUUCAGUUAUUGAGUCUUCAGUUGGACCGUGGGGAUCCUGGACAGGGAUUCAGUAUUGCCCCCGUGGCAAUCUAGUCUCUUUCUCUCUGAGGGUGGAAAAACCUCAGGGCAAAGGUGACGAUACUGCAGCCAACAACAUCCAGUUCACCUGCCAAGAUGGAACUGGGCUGAUGGGCCAUGGACUCUCCUGGGGUAAUUUUGGUCCAUGGAGCAGUCGCUGCUACACUGGAUUCAUUAGUGGCAUUCAGACAAGGGUGGAGUCUCCCCAAGGCAAGGGCGAUGACACAGCCCUCAAUGAUGUGAAGUUCUUUUGCAGCGGCUGAACCACAAGUACCUCCCUGUAUCUCUGCUGCUUUUCAGCAGUCGUGAAUGUUAACCACAAUUAA